AUGUUUUAUCAUUUUGACUCAGAUUUUGAUGAAUGCAGCAACGGAAGUCAUGACUGCCACGAGAAUGCAACAUGUGUAAAUACCGCUGGACACUUUGAAUGCAUAUGUAACCCAGGGUUUACUGGAGAUGGGCGUAUAUGUGCAGGUAAUAUUGCGUUUUUUUUCUCAAUUUUUUGUUGAAGCAAAGCACAUUAUCCAUUGUUCAGGGUAAGAAAUCAAUAUUCCUAUCAUUAACUUGCACCCAGACCGACAAUUGAAAAUACAUCGCAUAAAAAAAUGGUCUCUAUACUAUUUCUUUAGUAUGAAAAAUACAAAAAAGAUAAUGUGAAUCAACCGCAUUUUGUUCAUGAGAUAAAUACAAAAGGCUGUGACGUCUUGGCGUUACUGUAUUCCUAAGUAAGUUCAUGAGAUUUCUGCCCAAAAUAAGGGAGUAAAACAUCCCUACUAUACUACUUUCGCUCUAUCAUUGCACAUAAGCACAUAUCGACGUUCUAGUCCAGCAGUAUGCAGAAUGUUUGUCGCAUGAACCUAGUUUAUUGGCGUAGCUCAAAGUCUUCUGUAGCUUAGUGAAAGAGCAUCUGGACUAGCCAACCUAACGGAGAUGGUUUGGAAAAACGAAAGGCUUGAACAAACGGAGGUUUGCUUGCUACUGGCAGUACUCGGAUUUUUUCUUCCGAGCCGCUAGUGUCAGUGACUGAAAAAAAUCAUCUCUCUCAACCUAAAUAUAUGAUAGUCUUAAUUUGUGCUUACAAAUUGCCAUAUAUCCUAUAUGAACCAGCUGUUUAGGCCAUAAAACACAGUUUCAGCUCUUUACUCGCCAUGGCUUGCGUUUUUCAACUAUGUUGCUUUAUCUAAACGUCGUCCCAUAAACUUUGCUUUGGAAUAUGUAGUAACCGGUUUUCUUAUGUUUCCACUUUUAAUCAAGAUUGUGCCAUCAAUCUGCGCCACUUUCAACAACAUCAAGGUUUGCCUACUAAAGGGGCUCAUGAUGCUCAACAUUUUAGUAUCAAUGGGUGUCUGUUUCUCGCCUUCGCGAACUAUUUCGAUGACGUUGAACGAUGGAGAACAAGCUCUUUUAUCUACAAAAUGAAUCCGUCAACGGAUCAGUUUGUUCUUUACCAGACCAUAGACAUUGUUGGAGCUUUUGACGUUGAGUAUUUCAAUAUUGGUAAUAAACAUUAUUUAGCCAUUGCUAGCCACAAUGAUGGUAUCAUCUAUCGCUUGGAUUCUCGUAUUUUGCAGUGGAACGGUAACCAGUUUGUCCCUUUCCAAAGUAUUGCAACAAACGGGGCAGCAUCAUUUACGUUUUUUAAGGUAAUGGAAGAAUCGUUUCUCGCUGUUUCGAACUUUUAUAACGAUACCUCACACUUUAUCAGCUCAAUUGUGUACAAGUGGAACAUUAACAAGUUUGAAAAAUACCAGGAGAUACAGACUGAGGGGGCAUUAUCAGGUGCAGCAUUUGAAAUACACAACGAAACAUUCUUUGUUUUUGGGAACUUCGUUAAUGCUAAGCAUGGGCACUCCGUCAAUUCUACCGUCUAUAAAUGGUCUGGUGGGUACUUUGCCAAAUUCCAGUCACUGGAGUCGUUUGGAGCAUGGCACGUGGAAUUUUUUAAGAGCAAUGGAGAUACCUUCCUAGCUUUCGCUAAUCAUCACAACGGCACUACUUAUAACCUCGAAUCCUUCAUAUACAAGUGGAAUGGAAGCAUGUUUGCGCUGUUUCAAUCCAUUCCAACGCGUGGAGCCUCUGCGUUGUAUCCAUUUUUUGUGUGUGGCCAAAUGUUCCUUACUGCUGUCAAUUUCUACGACGAAAAUGUUCAGCGGUAUAGUACUACAUCAGAUGUGUACCAGUUCACUGGCGGCCAUUUAAUCAAAUAUCGAGAGAUUCCCACCGAAGCGGCUUUAGCUGUAACAGCAUUUGAAUUUAAAAAUCAAUUUUAUGCUGUUAUUAUUCGUUAUUAUAGCCAAAUUGAUAACAAACACACAAGAAAUAGCAAGUUGUUCAAGUGGAUCUAA